UGUAAUCAAAUGCUUAUGAAGUGCCCUAAAUACAGUUGUUAGACCUGGCUCAGCCCUUGGAUUCAAUGGUUUUGGGUGCUUGAAACCUUGGGCUCUGUGGUUGAGGCGUGUUGAUUCUUUGAGGUUAGCCAUCAUAGAGCCCUUAGACUCGAUAGUUGAGCAUGUAUAAACCCUUGGACACAGUCACUGAGCGUGGUUGAACUCCAGCACGCAGCAGCUUGGGUUUAAAUCCAUGGAUUCAGAGGUUGAGCAUGUUUGAACUCUUGGAGUCAGUAUUUGAGCCUGGUUAAACCUAUGAAGGCUGAACAAGCUUGGACCUUUGCACUCAGUGGCUGAGCACGUUAAGAUUAUUUUUUACUGUGGUCUUUGCAUAGUUUAAGCUGAAGCCUAUGGAUAGUUCCAGGACAGAACUAGAACUUGUUGGUUCUAAGCUUCGACCAACCAAGUUCAACCUAAAAUCAAAUGAUCAAAUAGUUUCUUAGAAUUGUAUUUGCUUAGUUGGCACCUAUAGUAGAUGGAUGUAAUAGUGCGAUCUCAGUGCUUCCAGCAUACAUUCACUCCCCACCCUUUACACACAAUGUUUAUCUAUGUAGGGGUGUCUGAAUGCUGGGACAAAUGUGUCCUUGCUCCAAGUCUUUGCUCCUGAAGCAUCAUGGGGAUUUAAUAAAGAAACCGGAUGUGAUGGACUACUGGUGUAACUUCUUUAAUCUGUAUUCUGAGCUGGUCCCUUUCUGAAUAACAGGAAGUGCAGAGCCUCUUGGCCAUAAUAGACUAUGUUAAGUCCGCAUUCCCAGCUUAACUACAUGGUAACUAAACCUUCUGAGUGACAUAUAUGCUAACUAACCCUCAGAACUAGUUUUUUAUCAUUCUGAUUGGAUUUUAGUUACCCUGUUUAUUUGUGCAAACUCGCUUCUGAAAUAUGAACCAAAUCAAUUCAGAAGAAUUUAAAUCAUUUUCCAUGCAAAGGUCUUGUAUGGUUUAUGUUGGCUUGUCAACCAAAUGACAAGAUUUAGGCCACCAAUGUAAAAUAUUCUUUCAUUUACAAUCUUGGCUUUUUUGGGCUCAAAAUUGGUAGUUUUGUUGUCAGUUUCCCACAGUCUAUUAUUUAGCGAACAAAGAGCUUAGAGUCGUGUUGUUUUAUUUCCACUGUGUUUGACUGUCUUUUUAUUGCCUUAGUCCCCAGUUUAUGUGUCUGAAGUAGGUCUGGACAUUGUCCAUCAGAUGGAGGAGAAACUGGAGAUCAGCCCAUUCAAAGAUCUGUUUUUUCACUGUGCAAAAUAGAUCUGUUUACGACUUCCUGAGCGGGGACCCUUUUCACAGCUACUUGGAGAGCAUGUACUAUGACCGGUUCCUCCAGUGGAAGUGGCUUGAAAGGCAGCCAGUUACAAAGAACACCUUCCGUCAGUACCGGGUUUUGGGGAAGGGAGGCUUCGGUGAGGUGUGUGCCUGUCAGGUCCGAGCUACUGGCAAGAUGUACGCCUGCAAGAGGCUGGAGAAAAAGAGGAUUAAAAAGAGAAAAGGAGAGUCCAUGGCGCUCAAUGAGAAGCAGAUACUCGAGAAAGUGACCAGCAGAUUUGUGGUAAACCUGGCCUAUGCGUACGAGACAAAGGAUGCGCUGUGCUUAGUGUUAACCUUAAUGAACGGGGGAGAUCUCAAAUUCCAUAUAUACAACAUGGGAAAUCCUGGCUUUCAGGAGGAGAGGGCGAUCUUCUAUGCUGCGGAGAUACUGUGCGGGUUGGGUGACCUUCAUCGAGAGAGCAUUGUAUACCGAGACCUAAAGCCAGAGAACAUUUUGUUAGAUGAUUAUGGUCAUAUAAGGAUAUCAGACUUGGGCCUCGCUGUGAAAAUCCCAGAGGGCGAGACAAUCCGAGGACGUGUUGGGACAGUUGGUUAUAUGGCUCCAGAGGUCCUCAAUAACCAGCGAUAUACCUUCAGUCCUGACUACUGGGGACUGGGGUGUCUGAUUUACGAGAUGAUCGCUGGCCAGUCGCCCUUCAGGGGGCGGAAAGAGAAGGUGAAGAGGGAGGAAGUGGACCGGAGAGUUUUGGAGACAGAGGAAGUUUAUACUACAAAAUUUUCUGAAGAAGCAAAAUCAGUGUGUAAAUUGCUACUCUCCAAAGAUGUGAAGCAGAGAUUGGGGUGUCAAGAGGGGAGAACGAUGGAGGUAAAGAGGCACUCCUUUUUCAAAGUUAUAAACUUUAAAAGAUUAGAGGCCGGAAUAAUGGAUCCUCCUUUUGUCCCAGAUCCACGUGCUGUGUACUGUAAGGAUGUUCUCGACAUCGAACAAUUCUCAACCGUUAAAGGAGUAAAUUUGGACCAAACCGAUGAUGAUUUCUACAACAAGUUCUCCACUGGUUCAGUGUCCAUCCCAUGGCAGAAUGAGAUGAUUGAAACAGAAUGCUUCAAAGAACUGAACCAGUUUGGCCCUAAUGGAACCCUAUCUCCAGACCUGAAUAGGAGUCAUCCUCCAGACCCACCUAAAAAGAGUCUGCUCCAUCGAAUUUUUAAACGUCAGCACCAAAAUAAUUCCAACAGCUCCCCGGGCUCCAAUUCCUCUCUAAACCAUCACAUGAUCAGUAAUCACAUCAGUUCCAACUCUACCGGGAGCAGUUAGUGACGUCUGGGUACCAGUGAGGAAUAUACAGUGUGGUCUGCCUGUCCUCCUUCGCUAGCGACAGCAACAGAGAGGGAGAGAGAGAGAGAGAGAGAGAGAGGCCUGAGAUCCCAGCUUUCACCAGGAGAAGUCUGUGUAUGUGUUAGAUGGGAUUGAAGGGGGGAAGUUCUAUUCUCUUCUCACAGUGAAGCCUCACAACGGAUGGCAUAAAAUGUUCGCUCAGGUCUGUGCUCGGGUGAGGGGAGCACGUGCCCCCUUUUUAUGACUGACGUGAAAUAUGGGGAAAAUCCCACAAAAACAAAAACCGUCUCCUACCCCACAAGACUUUGCAGUAGAACGUUUCCACCUGCAUGUAAAAGAUUAUCACAGCAUCAUACGCAAGUAUAGAGAGGAAGCUGCAGAGCAUCUCGCCCCCUGGUCUCACCUGUACGUUAGAACUAUAUAGAUUUUUUUUAAACAAAUAUCAAAAAAAACAACACAUUUUUUGUAAAUGGGCUUUUCUGUGUUUACAUUUUCUACCAUUUGUAUUCACUGUGCAACACUGUGAGAGGCACUGGAAGAACAUGGGGAAUCCACUGUGCCGGGAGUUAUAUACGUAGGCUUUAACCAUUUCACUGCUGGACUGGCCGGUAA